UUUUUAAUCUGAAACACAACUAUGUAGUGUUUGUUUGCUUUGUUGUUGUGGUGUAAUUUUAACGUUAUGAUAAAUGGAAAUAGUGUUCUUUUAAAUUAUUGUAUUAGUUGACGAAAUCGAGAAAUAAUUUCCAACCCUACUAAAGACGAUCGAAUUAUAUGAACAUUUACAGGGAUGAUUGAGAAUCAGUCAAAAUGGAUAUUAGAAAUCGGAUGUUAUUGCAACAACAUCAGCAGUUAAUUGUGAAUGAUCUGGACGUCAGAUACAUACUAGACGAAUUGUUUAGUAAACAAGCUAUCUCACAUAAGGAUUUCGAUCAUAUUUACCAACUGAAUGAUAGAGCCGACAGGGUCCGUUUUUUGAUAAAGUCAAUCCUUCAAAAUGGCAACAACAGUGCGUACGACGCCUUCGUAGACAGCUUGGCGAAAGACUACAAUUGGAUAUGGAAGAAGUUCGCUCUAGCUGACAGCAAAGCGAUGAUUGAAGAUAGCUUUGAGGAUAGCAUCAGUAGGGGGGAUGUGCCUCGGCUGCCUGAUCAUUUCGUUAGAAGGAUUGCUGUGGAGGAAGAUGUAGCAAAUAAAUUAAAAACAUUAACUCGUCACAAAAUCCUGGCCCUCCAUGGUAUGUCCGGCUCAGGCAAGACCUGUGUGGCCAUCAGUGUGCUCCGGAACAAUCCAGAACUCGUCACCGAUGACUUCAAUGGCGUCGUGUUUUGGCGCAAUCUGGGCAAUUGUAAGACUGAAGAUGAUAUCAUCGCUCAACAGAAUAAGUUAUACCGUAAGGCAUCAAUAUUAUGUAAUCAAUCAAACAAUUCAUUCAUGAAUUCAUCUAUAUCGAUGUCCAGUAUCGGCUCCAACGCAGACUCCGUAUCUAGCUCCGACUGGACUUGCCAAGAGCUGAAAGAUAGAUUGCGAGCUAUGUUCUCAGAUCCAGCUCUCAAGAAAGCCCUAUUGGUUUUAGAUGAAGUGAAUGAAAAGAAAUGUUUGGAGGCGUUUGAUAUUGGCUGUAAGAUUUUAGUAACCACAAGGGAUACAGAUGUAAUAUGUACUUUUCAUCCGCAGAUUGUUAAAAUAGAAAACCAUUUCACCGAAGAGGAGUCUCUAUCGCUGCUCUCAUCAUGCAUAGACGUACCAGAGUCAAAGCUACCUAGGCAAGCGAAGAGAUUGCACGAGAUAUGCAAGGGCAGUCCCUUUCAUAUCGCGCUAAUUGGCGCUGAGUUGGCCGAGAAUAAGGAGAGAUUGGUCCAUGAUACGAGGCAUUGGAACUAUUAUUUAAACAAGCUGGAGAAGAAGGAGUUUUUCUUUUUAACAAAACAAAACGGCAAUCCAAUGAAGCCGAUAGAAAUGUGCAUUAACUCACUGAAACCAGACAUUUUACCGCUAUUUAAAAUGCUCUCAAUCUUACCGGACAACGCUAAAGUAUCGGCCAAAGUUCUCAGCAAACUGUGGAAUAGAGACAUAAGCAAAGUCGAAAGUAUUAUGAAACAGUUACGAAGCAAAUCGCUCAUAAUCGAAUUCUACGAUCAAGAACAAAGGAAUUAUAUAUAUGAAGUACAUGACUUAAUCAUGAACUACUUGAAAACUACAGUCACGGAGGAUGAAGUGAGAAAAUUGCAUAGAGAUUUCCUAAAGAGUUACAAGUAUGAUGCGGAUAAUGCGCCGGAAGAAAUAGAAGAUGACGGAUAUAUAGCGUUCUAUAUCGGCUAUCAUUUGUUUCACACGCAAAAUUUGAACAAACUAUGGAGUUUGUUCGGUAAACUGUUUUUGGAUCUCAAAUUCUUGGGAAAUAAAGUCAGGUUGACCGGACCGGCUGAUGUUAUAUUGGAUUUGCGAAAAUAUGAAGAUUACAUUGUUGAUGGGGAAUUAGACAAGGAACUACUAUACAGCAUCAGACUGUAUCUGAGCACCCACGGAACGGACUUAUACCGCUCCCCCAGUACGGAUAUAGUGCAAAGUAUCUUGCAACAUGAGAGUAAAGGCAUCCUAUAUACAAAAGCGUCGUCUAUUGCGCAACAGGGAUGCGACAAAAACGAAGUCUAUUUCGAAUUUCUGCAUGAGCAGAAUGUGGAAGAAAUAAAACACACAACGAUAGAUGCCAAAGAGAUAAUUACAACAGUCUGCUUUCUAAGGAAUUACGUAAUGGCGGGUACUGUUACUGGUGCUAUAAAGUUCUUCGAGAUAUCAACGAACAAGCUGAAGAAGGAGGUGCAGUGCGGCGCGGGCGCGCUGCGCUGGGUGGGCGUGUGCCCCGCCAGCCCGGCGCGCGCCGCCGCGCUGGCGGCCGACGGCGCGCUCGCGCUCUACUACCUGGACGAGCUCGACUGGGACGCGGACGCGGACGCGGACGUUAUAGAGGAGGAAAACGAAGAACCAUUAAACAACAACGACGCAAUAAACACAGUGAUACAACCGAAACUGGGGCCCUUUCUAUCCUGCCGUUGGGCAAACACAGACGAGCUGAUCAUCACGCACACAGCCAAAGAGAUCAUCAUAUACAAGACGAACGGACAAGUGCAUUAUUUCAUAGACAAUUUGUAUAGAAACAGUGAUAUGUUGUGUUGUGUUUUGUGCAACUUCGACAAGCACGCGAUCGUGGCUAGUGCGGGCGUGAGCACGUACACGUUGGAUGUGAUUGAUUUGAAAACGAAGACGAGACACAGUUUUGCGGAGACCGGCUUGGUCUUGGAUAUAUUGGUUGUUUCUGAUAACAAAAUAAUAACACUAAAAGAAAAAGAAAUAUCAGAAUUCGACUGUAAAAUGAGUACCUAUAUAAAGCAAACGUGCACAACAUGCAAUGGCAGGGUUAUAAUAACAGCUCAAAGUAUAAAACCUAACAUGUCCUUCUUAUCAAUGGCUGUGAACAAAUCUGGUACUUUAAUGUUUGUAUCAACGGACGAUAGCAGAGUACUGUGUAUUGAUCUUAAGACUUCAACUCAUAUAUUUGAUUUGGAAAAUCGGAGAGGCAAUGUAGUAACAAUGGCGAUGAGCGAAUUCCUAAUGGACGACUUCGAGCCCGGUUCCGAUGUGCUGUUAACAGGCACCGGCACUAUUGAGAACUCUCUGAAAGUGUGGUUCUUAGACCCCUCGUUUGUGUCCCAGAAUGCUCAUAAGAACGCCAAGGUCCGCCUAACAACGAAAUUCGACGCAAGUUUCAUAGCGACACUCUCGCCGCACACACCCACACAGGCGAACAGCUCGCCGCACAGCACGCACACUACGCCGCAGCGGCACCAAUCCUUCGCCAGCGCUAAGGAGGUUAAGAAAAUACUGAAAAGCACUAUGAGUCUGGACAGGCAUAUGCUGAAACCGCUCAACUUGAAAGGAAUAUGUAAUGGGAGUGAGAGCACGGCUCUGCCGCUGCUGGCUGUGGUCGAUGAUAAGAAUAACAUACAGGUGAUGCGCGGUCGAAAAAUAUUAACAGAAAUAUCAACAGACACUGAUGAAAUCAUAACAACACUGAAAAUAUCCCCCUGCAACCAGCACGUAAUAUACGGCCUGCAAUCCGGCAUCGUCCGCAAAUUCUCCCUCCGCACUAAAGAGAACAUCGACAUCAUGGACGUGUAUAGUCCCGUGAAGUAUUUGAAUUUUGUGAACGCUGACAUUCUGAUAGUAGCGGGGAAGAACCGGUGCAUUAUGGCGUACAGGCUGAUGGAGAACGGCGAUUGGAAACCGGAAAUGUUGCAGCGGGGCAAUUGUAACCUGGGUUCACAGGAGUUGCUUAAUAAUUGGCAGGGCGUUAAGAAAAAGCAAGGCGACCAAAUAUCAAACUCAAGUAGCGAAAUGAGUAUGACAUCCCGGUCCAUUGUGGAUAAUAAAGUAUUCAAACCCAGUAACCUCGUAGACUGCUAUUGGUUGAAGGAUAUAGGUCUGAUCACCAUCGAAUCAAAUGCAACCAUAAAGUUAUGGGAUGAAGAACUAAAAUUGGCCAGUGUGUUGAAUGGGAAGCAGGCAGAUGUCUGUAUACGGUGUUCGGCGUUCGAAAAGGACGUGCUUGUUAUAUGCGAUGACCGUAACUUGGCGUUUCAGACCUUCGAAUUAAAGAAACAGGAUCACGUGUCGUUACGAGUGAUACAAGAGAGUCAGCUCAACAACAGGAUCACUUGCUGCGCGCUCAACGAAGAUGGCCAUAUGUUGGCUUUGGGUCUCGAUUCAGGAGAUGUCGCGAUAUGGAACGUGCUGCUGAAGCGGCAGGUGCGGCUGCUGAAGCAGCACAAGAGCAAGGUGCAGUGGUGCGGGUUCGCGGGCGCGCCGCCGCUCGUGCUGCUCACGCUCGCCGCCGACCUCGUGUGGUGGGACGUCACCUACCUCAUUAGGAACAAGCCGAGUCGCGGCUGGAAGGGCAACUGGAACGUAGUGACACCGAUAGCCAGCCCAUUGGAGCCCAAGACCGGUCUCACGCCCAACGACAGUAACUCGAACACGCGUUUCUUCUUCGGCGACAAUCCACUGGACCCGCAUUAUCACUGGAAACUGCACUGGAAAGGGAAGACUUGCAAAGAAGGAUCGAAACGUAAGGAGAUACUCGCCUGCAUAAAGCUGUACGGUAUGUACGCUAAAUCACUCCGCCACGACGAGAAGUUCUGCUGUUUUGUCACCGUUGACAAUACUGGUCAUAUCCAUAUUAUGACACUGAUGGACUCUCAAUCAUCUUAAAUUAUGAAUGAUGUAUUUUCAUAACGAAUAUUACAGAAUUCUCGUAGUUACACUGAUAAUUCUUAAGUGUGUCUCCGAAUCUGGAAUUUAACUAUAUGAAAAUAAUAUACAGUCAACUAUUAUGUGAUGAGUCAUGGAUACCUGUGAUUUUGUCAAUUUAAUAAUUGCGGGGUCAAUCGUUCUACGCGUUUUAGUAAUUAUUCCAUUUUCAGUGAUAACAAUGUUAUAUUUAAUCAUUCCAGUUAGAAUGCAGCGUUUGUUGAUAAAAAAAAAAUAAAAAUUUACAUAUUAUUGACCCACAACAUAUUGCUCCAAGUCAUUUGUCUCAAAAUUGUAUUUUAGGUAAUGUUUAAUUAAUACUGAUCAGUUAUUAUAACUUAUUUUAUAUAAUGCUUUAAGCUUCAUCGAAAGAUAUUUUCAAUGUGCUCUCUGAUCUCAUUUACGAGCAAAUAUAAAUGUUUAAUUGUUUAGAUAAUUUUUUUAAUCAUAAUUUUAUAAUUUAGAACAAUUUUUAGUAGAAUAGCUGUCAUUUUUUUAUUUCAUAAUUUCAAAGCAACGAAUUGUGCUCUGACAAUGGUUUUAGUAAAAUUUUAGUUAUUCGUAGCUUUGUAGCUCUAUUGAUACACAUAAUUUAGUAUAGCGCUUUUUACAUUCUCAUGGUUAUGUUAUAUUAGCUUUAUCUAUGAACAAAAUGUGAGGUUGUCUAUUCUAGCAUAUAUAUUGGACAUUUUUUGAUGGUAAUACAUAUCUCAGCAUCAUCUUCGUUACUUUAACUAUGUCUUCCAAUGCAUUUUAAUCUUGUAACUAAAUAGGCUGGCAAAAAUGAAUCUUUGAAAUAAGUGCUUGUUCAAUUUCAAAGUCAACGCACAUUAAAAGUGAUAGGUUUAUAUGCUUUUAAAAGUGGCACUUGUAAAUAUAAUGUUGCCUUAAAUAAGCAAUGAUAGUAUGAUUAAUAUUUGAACCCACCACUGCUUAUAAGACAGAUUAUAGUAUUCUCCGAAAUGGCUGUUGGCCGUUAAAUUUUGAUAAAUUAUUACAAAUACGUAAAAUAUACAUUACGUUAUGUAAAAAAAAUAUGUGUAACUUGUUAUUAUAUUGCUUGGAUGUAUAAAUCCUAUUACAGAAAAUGAAGAAAUAAACUAAAUUUCAAACACUGCCUAUACAACCGUCCCAUAAAAUGAACAAUUUUGUAUUUAUACAUUCAACAUGCCAAUUAAAAUGUGCCAUUUUUGGUAGAAUACAGUAAUAGUUGUAAAUAAUAAAGGUAUAGAUUGUAAGCCUUAUAGUACAUGUUGGUGAGAUUUAAAGCGAUGUAAGGUCAAAUUAUGGUGCUAUAAGUGAUUGAAGUUUAUCUCAAUUUAUAUUUAAGAGAUUUGUUAACAUGUAGCUCAUAAGGAAUAACAUAUUAUGUAAUGUAUAAUGCUCAAUUUUUUUUGCAUUUUCUUUUCUGUUCCUAAUUUUUUAUACAAUUUAUUCAUUUUCUCCGUCAUGACAUUUUUAUUAUUAUUAAAUGACAAUUGUUAUAAGUACAUUGUUUUACUUUUUAUAAAAUAAUGUUAAUUUCUUGUCACAAUUCAAUUCUAUUUAAAAUAUUGAAUUAUAUAGCGUAAAAUUAACAUGAUCUAUCAUUUUAUCAUACUGUAAUGCUGGUUGAAGUUAUAUAUUAUAUUUUUAGAUUUUUUAGAUAAUACUUUAUUUUGUGAAAUAUUCUUUACUUUUAAUAAUA